CACAAAAAUCAGUUUUAAUUGUUUGAUUCAGACAUUCAAUUGAUUGAAUGUUAAAUAAUAAUUUAACACUAAAUUCAAUCAUAGAUUUUCUAAUUUUUUUUUGAUAUCAGUUGUUGAUUAAAGUGAUGGCCGACCAAUCAGUUAACGAUAAAAUGUCAAACCUGGAUUUGGAUAAAGAAUUGGAUCCAGAGUUAGCCGAUUACCUGAUGACCGACUAUGACAUCCAGUUUCUAAUCGAUGGCCAAUCAUCAGUUUGGGCGCACAAAUCGUUUUUAAUGAAAUCGUGUCCAGUAUUUCGGUUAAUGUUUUCCGAUGAAUGGCUGAAUGAAUCGGAUGGUAAACCUAUUGAGAUCCGGGAUACCACUCCCGAGGCAUUCAAUACAAUGAUUGAAUACAUAUAUACCGGGGAACUGGUGUUUGUCGUCGUCGACGACAGUGUUAAUGGUUUGGAUCAUAUCGAGGAUGUACUCAAACUCGCCGAUAGAUAUCAAUUGAAACAAUUGACGGCUAGUGUUGGCCAACAUCUGCGGCAGCGGUCACUAAUAUCGUCGGCUAAUCGCCGAAUGUUAAGUGAAUUGGCGGUUAAGUAUAAAUUGUAUGAACUAUUGUGUGAACUAUUGUUUGGAUGCAUGAGAUCUGAUGAACAACUGAAACAAAAAUACAAUAAUUUAUAUAUGAAUCAAAUCGCUAGACAUUUAGUUUUUAAACAAAUCCGUAUAAAAGAUGAUAAAUUUGAUUAUAUAAGUCUAUUUCGUGACAUAAUUGCAAUAGUUUUCGAUAUCAAAUUGAUAACCAUAUUUGUAGUAUUGGUUAUUAUAGUAAUCAAAAUGAUAUAA